AUGUCUCAUCUUCAGUAUUACGCAUACCCUGGUUAUGGCACUCGCAGCCAAACGGACCUUUACUACAGCCAGGCAGUUAAAGUAGGGGAUCGCAUCGAGUGCUCCGGUCAAGGUGGAUGGGAUCCUUCGACCUUAAAGAUCAACCCCGAAAUCAACGCUCAAAUUGACCAGGCUUUUGCGAAUGUCGAGCUUACCCUGAAAACAGCGGGUGGUCAAGGAUGGAGUCAAGUGUAUCGCGUUAACUCUUACCACCUUCCUCUCAACGAUGAGGCGUUGAACGCAAUGGUUCGGAAUUUGAGAAAGUAUAUGCCCAACCACCAACCUAUGGACGUGUAUUGGCGUGUCGCGGUUGGCUUACGAUGA